GCUGGGGUGACUGGCGUGUGCCACCACACUGGGCUACAGCACGCCUUUUCUUUAUCCCCAGUGCAGCCUGUGUGGAGGAUGAGGAGGCAACAGGGGACGGUGUGGGACACUUGUCUUUCUGGCAUCAGAUUGUGAUGUGAUAAAGGGCAGCCCAGGGCGGUGAGGGAGUCAGAGGGACACAACCGGUCAGCUCGUGGCCCCCGAAGAGCUGGGCCCUGCGGGAAACAGCAGCCCAGGCGGCCGGGAACGUGCGGAACCUGCUGGCCUAGCGCGGCGUGGCCCGGCUGGCUGGCAUGGCAGAGCCGCAGGCACACAGGCCCUACUCCAUGUUGAGGCUGCUGUCGCUUCUGCACGGCGUGGUGGCUGUAAGUGUGGUGAUCCUCAUCGGCCUGGGCAUUGGUAUCAAGUAUGGGGAGGCCGCCCUGACCAGGGUCCUGGGGCCGGCGUCCGAGUAUCGCCUGCACAUCAGCCACCUGUACCUGGCCUUGGGCUGCCUCGCGGUGCCGCUGGCCCUGGUUGGGUGGUGCGGCUCGAAGAAAGAAAGCCGAGGCAGCCUCGUUUGCUGCCAGUCCUCUGUGUCCCCGUGUGUCUUACAGUACCUCGUGACCGUGGCUGUCAUUCUCGUGGUGGAGAUCACAGUGGCCUCGGUGGUCCUAGCUUUCUUCCCGCUGGUUCGCGACCUGGAACACGACAUCGUCACCCUGAGGAGGAGCUAUAGAGGCUACAACGAGACAGGUGACUUCUCGGCCCAGUGGAACUCGGUCAUGGAGAAACUAAAGUGCUGCGGGGUGAAUAACUACACAGAUUUUCCCGGCUCUUCCUUCUCUCUGGCGACUGGCCACUCCUACCCCAGGGGCUGCUGUAAAUCCCUGGGCACUGCGGCCUGUGACGGGCACAACGUGUCCCCCAGCGUCAUCCACCAGGAGGGCUGCUUCCGCAGGCUGCUGAAAAUCACAAAGACGCAGAGCUACACCCUGAGCUGGGUCUCCCUGGGGACCGCGGCGAUGCAGUUGCCAGGUGCUCUUGCCACCUUGCUGCUGUUCAUCAAGCUGGGCUGACAACACAGGCUUGGGAAGGAUGAAACACUGGAGCCCACCUGGCUGCUGCUGAUUGGAUCUCACUUUUAUUCCUCUGUAGCACUUAACCGUUUUUGGAAGGGGGAAUAACAACAACAACAACAGUAAUCAAUCAAGAACCACCUAUCCGCCCUGACUCUUUUCUCCUCGAGUUUAUUUCUGACACCAGCUGGCAGUGGUUAUAGCUCAAAUACCUAAAGCGGUGGCGUUUAAGCCCAUUAUUUGUUACUGUAAUGAAAAGCCUGAGUCUGGGUACAUGUGAAGGAAAGGUUGAUUGAGCUCCAUCUGGGAGCAUGAAAUUACGACAGA